AUGAGCCAGCUUCAGAAGUUCAUGAAUGCUUAUCCACAUCUAAUGCUAGACCCGGAAUACGCGGAGAAAAUCAUUACUGGCUACAACCCUUUGGUUAUUCAAGAAAUGGUUUGUGAAGAGUUUGAGAGCAUCCGCCCAUCGAAGUCCGUGGCGAAUAGCUUCUUCAUUGUAAAUGACGUGGGCACGUUUACUCCACGACAUCUGCAUGAUCGCCUACAUCGGCUACUAUUUCAAAUAACGGCUGCUCUUGGAAUUCCAUCCAUUACAUGGCUUCCGAAUCGGGUGGGGCAGUUUGAACUCGACGAAUCACAGCUGGCAGUUCGGCUAGAACCUCUCACCUGGCACGUUUCGCACGCAUUAGUCGAUUUCAUUCAUGCGUUCAACUGGAAUAUUGUUAUAAUUGUCACAAACAAACUGGUGUCUGGAUCUGCCACUCUACUGGAGGAAAUGCGAAAUCGUCAGAGUGAGCGCAGUGCACCGGAUCACCCGAAAUAUUUCGACUACGACCUGAAUGCACUGCUCUACAUAGCAGACUGCGUGACGAACAGUACAAGUCAUUAUCGUCAUCUGAAUGAAUUGUUUGGUGAACGCUACAUUUGGAUCUUCACUCCAUCCACAAUGAGCUCUCUGACAGUAGCAGAUAGUCAAGGCAAACACUCAAUGGACAACAAAGUGUUGAAGGAAUCCACUCUCUUCCGACGUAUUCCAGGAAUGUUUGGACUCAUUUGCUUGAAUGACAUUGAACGGAGGCGCUCCAGCGCCGAAUUGGCCAGGGAGAUUUGGCAAAAUUCACUGAUUGAGCUGACCUCACAAUUAACUAAACUCUAUCCUCCGGAAGCAACAGGUCAACUGGAUUCCUCAGAGCCACGUCGGAUGGCUUAUUUUCGCCAAAUUUUGGAUAAACUGAAACCAGAGAAAUUGUGUGGUGAUUCGGACCAUUUAACCUGGCAGUGGGGUCGUCGAAUGUUUGAUAUUAUGCGCUCGUUGACCUUCACAUAUCAACAAGAACCCGUCAGCUUCCUUCCUAACGGAGGCUUGAACGUCUCCACAAUGUACGUGUACAAUUCAAGAACUUCUACCGGACAAAUGGACUGGCACAAGGUCGGCACAUGGUCCAUGAGUAAUAAGUGGGGUAAACAAAUAUCUCGGCUACUGAUUGAUGGCGUCACCUGGCCUGGAGGGUCCAAUUCACCACCAAAGGGACGGCCAAGUAAAUUCAAAGUUCGUGUCGUGACGAUCAAAGAAAAGCCUUUUGUUAUUUAUCAAGCAGUGCAG